GCCCCGAGACGGAAGUCACCGCGAGCCGGAAGCUCCCGGGCCCCGUCACGGACGGGGAGGGGGAGGGGAGGGAGAUUCAGGGGAGGAUGGCGGCUCAAAUUCCAAUCGUGGCCGCUACUUCCACCCUGGCGGUAGCCCGGAACAGCAAAAAGAGGCCAGGGAGCCCUUCCCACAACGGCAGCAGCGCAGGGGGCUACGGCGCCAGCAAGAAGAAGAAGUUAUCCGCCUCCGGCUUUGCACAGGGUGUCAGCAUGGAAGCCAUGACUGAAAAUAAAAUGGUGACCUCAGAGUUUAGUACAGGACCUGUGGAAAAAGCUGCCAAACCUUUGCCAUUUAAGGAUCCCAACUUUGUGCACUCUGGCCAUGGUGGCGCGGUAGCUGGCAAGAAGAACAGAACCUGGAAGAACCUGAAACAGAUUCUCGCUGCUGAAAGGGCAUUGCCGUGGCAACUGAACGAUCCUAACUACUUUAGUAUUGAUGCUCCUCCAUCCUUUAAACCAGCCAAGAAGUAUUCUGAUGUUUCGGGUCUUCUUGCCAACUACACAGACCCCCAGAGCAAGCUGCGCUUCAGCUCCAUUGAAGAGUUUUCCUAUAUCCGGAGGCUGCCCUCUGAUGUCAUCACAGGCUACCUGGCCCUGAGGAAAGCCACCAGCAUCGUUCCCUGAGCCUGGGAAAUGGAAGAAAUGUUUGUGAAGCGGAAACUCUUGCCAUGACAGACUUUGGACUCGUCAUUUUGUCUCAUGGAAACAAACUCUUUCUGCCGUCAAUCUGAAAAUGUCAGUUCUGUGCCUUGGGAAGAAUGUUUGGUUUUUAGUUUAGGAGUUUGGGUUUUUUUCCCCCCCUAUGUUUUCUGUCCAAGUGUGAUAUUUCCUGUUGAAUUAAAUUAUACUUCAGUUGUUGCCUUAAGUAAAAUUGUUUGACAAGAAAAUACAGCAUAAUUAUGCUUUAAAUUUA